AGCAUGCUCUGGUUUUUUAAGGGGUUUGGGAGAAACACGAAGUGAACGGGUUCACCCCUGCUGUCGCCUGCUGGGUCUCAUUUCAGCCUGGGGUUUGGGGAGGGAUAUGCAAAUGCAGGCGUCCCCCUCAGAGCUCACGCGGCCCACUGUUGACAGAGGCAUCAGAGCAGCGCAGCGCAGACUCCUGUUCAGUCUCUGGCUUCUGCUUCUGCUGCUGUCUGUCUGUCCAUCUGUCUGUCUGAGUGCUGAAGUGGGCAGGAUAAUGCCAGAACAGCAGAUGUUUCGACUGCAGCGCCGUUUGCCCGCCAACAACUGAAUCAGUGCUCAGAAAAGCCUUGUGGGACUCAGCAAGGAAAACAAGCAACACUUCACAACCUCCGGACUCUAAAACCCAGCUGACUUGGCUUGACUUUUUCUUUUUUUUUCUUCUGCUUAUCCUCCUCAGCUUUUGCUUUCUAUUCUGCUCCACUUUAUGGCUUUUUCUGUUGGUGUUUUGUACUCUGCUGCUUAAAGAUGAGGCGGAUUUUCACAUUUGGGGGUCUUCUGUUGGUCACACUGCUAUUGACUUCAGCUGAUGCCAAAGGAACUUUCUAUGGAAGUCCAUAUAGAUACAAUCUACACAAGUCUGGAAGCGUCCCGCAGCACAACCCUGGAAAACCAAUGGGGCAUCAUAAGAACUACUGUGCAUAUGUUGUCCAGAAGAAUGUCACCUGUGUAAUGCAAGACGGAGUGGCCACAUAUGUCAAACCAGAGUACACUACCAAGUGCAUAUGGGGACAGAAAUGCCCUGUGCUCAUGUAUCGCACAGUCUUUAAACCACAGUACAAAAUCGGCCAUAAAACCAUCACUGAGCUGGAAUGGCGCUGCUGUCCGGGUUUCACUGGAGAGAGCUGUGCUGAAGGGCCGAGCUCGGACCCGGACGGCAUGAUGCCACCCUUCAAGGGCUCUUUCCCCCGGCCUGGAUUGAAGGGUUUCCCCAGGGGUCAUCCUAGAGUCCCUGAGCCCGCAGGAUAUCCCGACCACAAGCCCUUCCCUGGUGGAUUCAUUCCAGCAGAAACCCCAAGAAGUGGCUAUGGUCCAAAGACAGGAGUCACCGGUGAGCGUUUGGACCGCAUUGAAGAAACCCUGCGCAGACUCUCUCAGGAUCUGGAUAGCUUGAACGGGCUGGUGACUGGCAUGGAAGAUCGCCUGCGUGUGUCUCUUCGCGAGGACACCAAGAAGAUGCUGACCUCUCUGCUGGGUGGUGUCCCGCGGCUGCUGGACACAUCUGUGGGCUUCGGGCUGAUCCCAGAGGGCACACCCAAUGGCUUAGAUGGGGAUGAGAACCUACCGGGUUUCGGGGAGCUGGUGGGACGAGUAAUGGAGGUCAAAGACGAGCUGAAGGCGAAGAGCCACAUGUUGGAUGAGAUCCGAGGAAUGGUGAUGGGACACGAUGGCCACCUGAAGAGGCUGAUAGACACGGCCACAGGGAGGCCCGUCCCGGGAGAGCAGAGGCAUCUGGAGGAGCUUCUGGACUCUAAACUGUCCGUCGUGAGAGCGGAUGUGCUGGACGGCUUUGAGAGGAGACUGACGGGUCUGGAGACUCACUGUGAUGAUAGAAUCAGACAGGUGCAGCAGCAGUGUCAUAACGAACACCUUACUGGUCAAGAGCAAAUCCAGCUCUCACUGGAUGGCCACGAGACGGGCUUGAGGAAGGAGCUGGGAGAGCUGCAGGCACAGAUCCAGGGUCUGACGGUGACUGAGAACUGUUGCGACCAGAUAAACAGCCAUAGCCGGAGGAUGCUCCUGCUGGAGGACACAGUAAAGAGCCUGACCAAGACCCAGAGGCAGCUGCAGGUGGACCUGACGGACCAGACGCUCAACAUCCAGACUUUGCUGGACACCCGGCUGCUGGACAUGGAGGCCAGGAUUAACUCCUCUGAUCUUGAUCUGGACGGGCAAGGCUUCAGCUCUCUAGAUGGCUUCAGGACUGUCCUGGACGAUAAGCUAAAGACACUGGAAAGACGUCUGUUUGUAGCCGUGGAGGAACUGAGCAAUGCCACCGCACCGGCGCUGCUUGAGGGACAAGUAGUGCCCGCACUAGAAACAGAAAUAGACAGUGUUCGGAGAAGAGUGGAGGCGGAUCUGGAUGGGAUGCAGAAGCAGAUGUCUGUGCUUGAGCUCCUCUGCACCUCUGCCUGCUCCCCUGCCUCAGGCCCAGACACGGCCCUCAUCCAAACCGAUGUCUGCAAGGACACGGAGAAGAAGAUGACGGACCGUCUAAAUGAGCACUCAAGCAAACUGGACCAUCUCAACAGAACCCUACAGGGCCUCCUAACACAGCUGUCCCAGGAGGACACUGAGGGCUCCAUCCAGGGCGAGAUUACACUUCUGAAGAUCAACGUCAACUCAGUUAACCGCACUUUAAAGGGGCUGCGUGAUUCGGUCAGUCUGUUUGCUCGGGAGGUUGGACAGGUGAACUCUACCUGGAGGGAGCGGGAGAGCCGGCUGGAGACGCAGGUCCAGGGUAUUUCAGAUUUGGUGGAGCGGCAGGCAUCUGUGCUGGGGUCCGGGGAGCGCCGGCUGGUUCAGCUGAAGGCAGAGCUCCAGGGCUUGCGGAGACGGUUAGCCGGGGAGCUGCAGGGCUGUCGCUCCACUACACAAGGUAUUCAGAAAGAGGUGCUAGGGGUGGAGAGCCGGAUCUCCCAGGUGGAGGGACAGUGCGGAGGAUUGGGCGAGCUUGCAGACGACCUGGAGAGAAUCCGCAGUGAGCUGGAGAGACAUUCGGACAGCUUCCUGCAGCAGGUCAGCGGGACACUGGAGAGCCACUCGGAGCAGCUGGUGCAGCUGAAGGAUGGCCUGAGAGACUGCAUGAGCAAAACGGACUCCGCAAUAGAGCGGGGCGACGGUCAGUAGACCCUAGGGAAGCCAGAGGGCCUGAGGUUGCACAAAUCUGCAAAAUGUUGUGCCCUCAAUUGGGCAUUUUGUCUUCUACUUAUUUUGUUUAAGCCUCUAUAGUGAUUUAAAGGGAUAGUUCACAUGAAACUGAGCAUCAUCAUUUAUGCAUCCUUCACUUUUUCCAAACCUGUUUGAGAUUCUUUCCUCUGAUGUACGGUAACGCAGAUAUCCUGAAGAAUUCUGGAAACCACUGACUUCCAUAGUAUCUAUUUUUUUCUACUAUGGAAGUCAAUGCUUUCUUUAAACUAGCUUGUUUUGUGUUUCAUCAGAAAAAGAAACUUGUUAAGGUUUAAAAACUUGAGGGUGAGUAAAUUGUGAAUUCAUUUUUGAGUGAACUGUCCCUUUAACUGAGUUUUGUUAACUUAUACGAUGAAAGUGUGACUAUUAUUUAGUGUAUUUGACGAGUUGUUAAAGGGAAAGUCCACUCAAAAGUGAAGACUUAAUCAUCAUUGACAUUAUUUAGGGGCCAUUUAGACUGAGCAUGUCCUUCCAUUGUAAUGUAUUACUUUUGCCUUGUUUUUCUAUGCAAAUGCGCACUGUGUCAAGUUAAAUGAAUUUCAGUUUUUAAAUAAUGCCUCGCACAUUAAUGUCAGUUCCAUAGCAGUAGACCAAUCAGAAGAACUCAGAGACGGACAAGUAAUUUGAGCUUAAGUUUAUAGUUGCAGGUUGGCAUGACAGCUGUUUUAUUCAACCCAGGCUCAUUCUUAUUACAUACCCCUACAGUAUAUACAAUUCUGGAGAGAGCAAAAUAUGUCCCAGGAGCUAUGUUUUUUUUUGCAGUUUUUGUUUUCGCGAAUCCACCGGAGGCUGCUGAUAUGCUUUUUCAGAUCUCAAAUUUCUCUUGCGAGUGCCAUUCGUGCCUGCUCUUCUAGAGUAAAUCCAUCAGAGGGCACUGUCAACUGACUGACCAACCAACUGACCGAUCCCCUCUCCCUCCUCUUUCGCUAAACCCAACCAAUAGUGUUUUAAAAUGCAUCAAAAGACCAGCUCUCACCCACUUCACUAAACCCAACAGACAGCAUUUUCAAAAGCAAUCCAGAAAAAGAAAAGCCCUAGCGGCAAUCCGAUUUUUACCACGUUUUCAGAUAUUAGCACAUUCUCACCCUGUUAUUUACUUGUUCAUAUUUAUUUUUUGGAUUUGUUUUUGUCUUACCUGCUUUUUGGAACCAUUGUUCACUGGACUUGAAGCUUGUUGUCAUGGUCAACUCCGCUCUGUGUCUCAAGUUCGCCAAUGUACGUGUCAAGUACAAACUGGUAACAGCGGAAAAGUCAUCCAUUCGGUGGUAAGCGGUCAGCUGGUAAGCGCAAAAAGAAACGCCAUCACCGUAGCGUUCGAUUUAAAGAUGAAAUGUAGCCAUACGUAGCUGUGGCUACAUAAUUCGCAAUCUUCAGAAAUAUAUGUAGGGCUACAUUUUUAGAAUGAGCCUAUGUUGGUUUUAUUCAAAGGUAACAUGGCAGAGGGGAGAUUCUCGCUAGAAGGGAUACAGCUGCGAUCAGCAGUUAAUGAGAAUGAAUUAUAUUAUUUAUUAAAUUUCCCAAUAUUUGUAUUUUCUUAAGACCUACCCCAACUCUAAGCCCAACCCUCACAGUAAUGUAAAAACAGUAGUUUCACAAAGAAUUAUUUAUAUUAUUUAUUAAAUUACCCAUUUAAUCGUGUUAUUAACGUCUACCCCUACCCCAGCCCUAAACACAACCCUCACAGUAAUGUAAGGAGAUAUUUUUUAAGGAGACUUUUUAAACCAUUCCUCUCUGCUACAUUUUAUGUGUGAUUGUACCUUUAAUCCUUAUGUAGUUACACAUUUUUAUGAGUUAUCUUCGGUUGAACACACAAGAAGAAAUUUUGAAGAAAGCUGGGAACCAGUAUCCAUCAAAUUCCAUUGAAGUAUACCAUGGAUGGCUAUAAGUUUCCAACGUUUCUCAAAAUAUCGUCCAGAAGGAAGAAACUUAAACAGGUUUGGAACAAGUGAAGGGUGAGUAAAUGAUGACCGAAUUUUUAUUUUUGGGUGAACUAUCCCUUUAAAUGAAGUAUCGGACGUGCAAAACACAGGAAAGCGAAUGUUCUGACACUACUAAGCUGCUACGGGUUCUCAUGGCAAGUACUGUUCUCUACCUUCUCAUCUCAGCAUCCCAGUCAUCUCCUUACUGUUUUAAUUACUGUAACCCAAACGAAGCUACACAUUUGUUUUAUAUAAAAGUUUGAUGUGUGUGAAUAAGUUGUUCAAAAGUAUAUAUUUUGCAUUAUUAAAAUGCUUUCUAAGAGAUUAUAAUUUUUCAUGAAUAAAGGUGGAGUGUGUGAACUGAAGAA